ACUCCUGGGUCUGAGGGAGGAACGGCUGGGGGUCUGGACUUCCAGGUCUGAGGGAGGAGGGGGCUGAGGGCCUGGGCUCCUGGGUCUGAGGGAGGAGGGGCUGGGGGCCUGGACUCCUGGGUCUGAGGGAGGAGGGGCUGGGGGGCCUGGACUCCUGGGUUUGAGUGUGGAGGGGGCUCUGGGGCCUGGGUCUGGGACAGAUUUCUGGCGCGGGCAGUUCUAGGAGUCAACACACGAUGUCGCUCUGGCCCUAGUGGGUUGAAGGGGCGGGUCCAGGGGCGGGGCUUACGACCCCCUAGGUGGGGGCGGGGUCUGCUCCUGGGCAAGCCUCUGCUGGCAUGGGAUCUAGUGCUGGGCACUGAGCACAGCAGGCAGCGAAGGGUCAAGCAAGCUUUGGAGAAGGUCCCAGGCGUCCCCCAAGGCCCUGGUGUGCGCAGCCGCCCUCACCAGCCCCUGGAGGCAGAGAGCACCUGUUUGCUCUUAGGAGAAAGAGGCUACUCAUCCACCCCCAGGGCCCAAGUCUGUUUGCUUUGGAAACAAGAGAUGCCUGGCAGACAGUCAGAUGAGGAACAGGAGGCGGGGGCUGCCGAAAACGUAGCUGAGGAGGACCUAGGGGGCCUCACGGCAGAGGAGCUCCGGCAGGGCCAGGAGGCAGCCCUGGAGCUAGAGGACAUGAUGGCGCUAAGUGCCCAAACCCUGGUCCAAGCCGAGGUGGAUGAGCUUUACCAGCAAGUGCGUCCCCUGGGCCAGGGCCGCUUCGGCCGGGUCCUGCUGGUCACCCAUCGUCAGAAAGGCACCACCCUGGCACUGAAGCAACUCCCAAAGGCCUCCACCUCUCUCCGUGGCUUCCUGUACGAGUUCUGCGUGGGCCUCUCUCUGGGCACGCAUUCAGCCAUAGUCACGGCCUACGGCAUUGGCAUCGAGUCAGCCGACUCCUACAGCUUCCUGACGGAGCCCGUCCUGUAUGGGGACCUCAUCACCUUCAUCCAGCCCAAGGUGGGCCUCCCGCGGCGGGCAGUCCAGCGCUGUGCGGCCCAGCUGGCCUCGGCCCUGGAGCACAUCCACUCCCGUGGCCUGGUGUACCGGGACAUCAAGCCCGAGAACGUGCUGGUGUGCGACCCGGCCUGCCAGUGGGUCAAGCUGACCGACUUCGGCCACACGAGGCCCCGUGGGACACUGUUGCGCCUGGCUGGGCCGCCCAUCCCUUACACGGCCCCCGAGCUCUGCGGCCCCCCGCCCCUCCCUGAGGGCCUGCCCAUCCAACCUGCCCUGGACGCUUGGGCACUGGGGGUCCUGCUCUUCUGCCUUCUCACCGGCUACUUCCCCUGGGACCAACCCCUGGCCGAGGCCGACCCCUUCUACGAGGACUUCCUCAUCUGGCAGGCGUCGGGCCAGCCCGAGGACCGUCCUCAGCCCUGGUUCGGCCUGACGCCUGUGGCCGACAGUCUCCUGUGGGGGCUGCUGGACCCUCACCCCCGGAAGAGGAGCCCGGUGAGCUCCGUCCGGGGCUACCUGGGGCGUCCCUGGAGGCAGCAGGAGGAGGAAGCUGAAGAGGUAGAGGAGGGGGACGGAGAGCAGGUUGGAGAGGAGGGGGGACAGCCCGAGCCCACCUUGCCUGCAGAGACUCGGAAAGGGAACCAGGUGGGCCCCACAUCCUGAGGUCACCUCUGCCUUCUUGUGGUGGCUUUUGGCUUCUCUCUUGCCUGUUUUCCCCUUUCUGCCUUCCUUACCUCCCACGUGGGCAUUCUGUGUCCCUCCUGUGGCCGGGGGUGGGGGGCAUCGCUGAGACAGCCACCGGUCUGUCCCACCGUCCCCGUCUUCCCCAGGGCUCUGGCACCUUUGCUCCCCUUGCCCGCGGGCUUGUGGCUCCUACCCUCGGCUCCCGCACACCCUGGGUGCUUCCGCUGCCCUGCUCAGCGAGGCCUGCCCUCGGCGCGAGGCCCCCUGCCCCCGGCGCGAGGCCCCCCGCCCCGUGUUCCUACCACCUCCCCGCCCCACCCCCCGCUCCCUCCCCUCUGGGACGCUCAUCCCCUGCAAGCUGUCUGCUGGGGUCAGUGUGGCUCUUCUGCGUGUCCUGCUGGGGGGGUCCCGCCCGUCCUGCGAGGGGUCCUGCGAGGUGCCCCGCGUAGCCGGAGCCGUCCUGGCCAAAGAUGUUUGCUCAAUAAAUGCCCCCGUCUGGUUCUGUGCCACCGCCUCCGUGUCCCUGUCUUCCGGCCCUGUCUCUCCCCCCGGCUGGGUCUCACUCACUCCCUCGGCCCCGUGGCUUCUGCCCACGACGCGCCAGGCUGUCGCCUCUCGAUAAUGUGCCCUCUCUUCUCUCACCCAGCUUCAUCCAGCACUUAGGUCUCCAUGAUGCUGCUGGUCUGUCCCCUUGGGGAAGACUGGACAGCGUGUUGUCAGGCAGAGAGACGGAGCGAGGGACGGACAGGCAGACAGAGAGACAGAGCGGCAGAACACGGUCCCGUGGUGUGGCCGUGCCGCGUGCCCGAGGCUGGCCUCGGUGUGCAUGUCGGGACCGUGUGAGCCUGUCUCUGCACGGGCCUGCGUGCGAGCAGGGGCCCCGAGCACCAGAGCUGUCCGGGCUCGGGCGCUCCUGCUGGACUGGGGCGGGAGUUUCUGCAGAUGUGUGUGUCCGUGAGCGUCUGGGCCCGUGGGUGUGCACAAGUCAUGGCCCGUGGGGGAGACACGGUGACGUGACUGUGUUUCGUGUGUCCGAGCGUUGGAGCCUGUGUGUGAGGGGACAGGACGGAAGCUUGCGUGCGCCUGGCUCUGUGUGUGUGGACAUCAGGCCCGUGUCUGCGUGUCCACGAGACCUUGAGUGCGCGUGUGUGUAGCAGGAGGA